UCUGGUUGAUCUGAACUGAACUACUGAAGCGGCCGUGCACAGGUACGUGCAACAUCAUGCUACAUAUAUUUUCUGUUAAUCCAAGGGAUGCACUGAGCUCGUGACGCGUCGCGUGUGGCUCUAGAGCGGCUCGAUCUCGAACCACUUGCAUGGUUGCAUCUAAGCAGCGGCGUCGAGGAGAUACUCGACGCCGCCGUUGCUUCCCUCUUCAUCUAUCUCUAGGGCCAAGUUGUGCAUUUCUUUAACCGGAGAAACAUAUACUAGAUUAAGUGUCACUACUGCCUAGCUACUACUGGGUGAUUUGUUUAUGGUGCAAAUGGCCUAUAAAUACAAGUGCGGCUUGAUGCGUUUCUUCUUCAUCAGCUUCUUCAUCUUCAGAGUUUUAGAGAUCAAGCAGUUGGGUUCAGAGGAAUGACGAAAAGAUUUGCUUUCGAGGAGAAGGAGAUGGCGCGCAUGCUUCUGCUCGUUUCGCGCGAGCAGGCGAUGCCCAUGCCGAUGCCGGUGGCGGUGCCCGGUGACCGCGCCCCGGAGCGGGUGUUCGUCUGCAAGACGUGCGACCGUGUGUUCCCGUCGUUCCAGGCUCUGGGCGGGCACCGGGCCAGCCACAAGAAGCCGCGGCUGGACAACGGCGGCGACCUCAAGCCUAAGCUGCACGGAUGCUCCGUCUGCGGGCUGGAGUUCGCCAUCGGCCAGGCGCUCGGUGGCCACAUGCGGCGUCACCGUGCCAUGGCCGCGGGCGGAGGCGGAGGCGGUGGCGUCAUGGCCAUGACGCCACCGACAGCAGUGAUCAAGAAGCACGGCGAAAGCGGCGACGACGCUGUUGUCGGCAUGAAGCGCGGGCUGUGGUUCGACUUGAACCAUCCACCUUGCGACGAGUACGGAGCCGGCAGUGAGAGCGACGACGAGUGCGGCCACGACGCAGCUGCUGCUGGGUACACUUUCCACCAGUUCCUGGAUACCGGCACCAUGGCGGUUGGCUGCGUCUAGCAACACGAUCUCUCCCACUCCGUUGCCGGGUUUUUGCCGGAUAGUACAAUAUUUUCCUGUGUGUACUUUGGCAGUAACCUUUUUUUUUUACCCCUUUUCUUUUCCUUUUUCAUGCAUGGAUAAAUCCAUACUUUGUAGCAGUAGAUGAGUGCCCAGUGAAAGGCAUCCCACGGCACAUAAAUCAUUUCUUUGAGAUGAUUAAUUUUGUGCCUAAUUUGGUGGCUUUGGAGGCUCACCAGAGCUAUUUCCCUCAGGUUUUCCGGUUAUUAUUUGUCCGGUUAUUAUUGAGAAAGAAACCUUUGGUCAAGUGGCUCAAGAUGUAA